AUGCUGCGUUUUCUUCUUAUUGCCUUCCUUUCUUCGCGAAUCCAGGUGGGCAACAGUAUAGACAACGAGAUUUUUAAGAUUCUUCUGCCAGCCUACUCACAAUUGUUUGAAAGUUCACGUACGGAAAAGUUGUGACGACGGAAAAAUUAAGAAAUCAAAAAGUGAACUUUGGAACGGUUUCUUAAUUUCUCCGUCACAAUUUUUUCGCUUUAGAAAUGAAAAAGUGACCGGAAAAGCGGAGAAAGAAAGAAACGAAUCCGUUAGCUUCUUAUUAGAUAAGAGUUAUGAUGAUGAUCACGAUGAUUUCAAAUAAAACGAAAUGCAAUGUGAGAAACGAAUUUAAAUGUCUACGUUUGAAGGCUACCACGCGGACUGACCCUCUUUGGCAUAGUUUCACUCCACUUCCGAGCACGUUUACCCAGAGCCUAAUGUACAGCACUUUGCAAACACUACAGUCUGUCGGUGUCAGUUCUUUUAAGAAAACAGUUUCCACCUCACACAGUUUUAGAGCGUAAUCAAAUUUUCCGGAUCAAACUCUUCUGCGGAUUACUCUGGACAAACUUGGUACGAUCCAUGCUUUGAUAGAGCCCUGACUAACGGAGCAACGUACGUUAUGUUUUGGAUUGUAGGCGAUAAUGUAAGUCAACGUAAACCUUGCUCACAGUUAUUGACUCGUAUGCUUUACAGGCGUACUGUACCGUAUACUUGAACAACAAGGUGACAGGGACCUCUACGACUGCUCCGUUCGCGCAGAAAUACUUGAAACGAGUAGAGACUCAGAAAGUCCGCUGUGAAUAA